AUGUCCGCCGAGCCGCCCCCGACGCCGGAGAGCCGCUCCGCCAGCCUGCGCGCCUCGGAGAAGAAGUGCUCAUGGGCUUCUUAUAUGACCAAUUCCCCUACUCUGAUCGUUAUGAUUGGUCUCCCUGCACGGGGCAAGACUUAUAUGUCCAAGAAACUAACCCGCUACCUCAACUGGAUUGGAGUGCCUACGAAAGUGUUUAAUUUAGGAGUGUACCGUCGUGAAGCAGUGAAGUCGUACAAGUCCUACGAUUUUUUCAGGCAUGAUAACAAAGAAGCCAUGGAGAUUCGGAAAAAAUGUGCCUUGGUGGCCCUGGAAGAUGUGAAAGCUUAUCUCCUGGAGGAGUGCGGGCAGAUUGCAGUCUUCGAUGCAACCAACACAACUCGGGAGAGGAGGGACCUGAUUUUAAAUUUUGCUAAAGAAAAUGCUUUUAAGGUGUUUUUUGUGGAGUCUGUCUGUGAUGAUCCUGAUGUGAUUGCUGCCAAUAUCUUGGAAGUGAAGGUCUCAAGUCCUGACUACCCAGAGAGAAACAGAGAGAACGUGAUGGAUGACUUCCUGAAGAGGAUAGAGUGCUAUAAAGUCACAUACCAGCUUCUUGAUCCAGAUGAUUAUGACAAAGACCUUUCCUUCAUUAAAGUGAUCAACGUGGGGCAGCGAUUCCUGGUAAACCGGGUCAAGGAUUACAUCCAGAGUAAAAUUGUCUACUACCUUAUGAACAUUCACGUCCAGCCCCGUACCAUCUACCUGUGCCGACAUGGCGAGAGCGAGCACAACCUUGUUGGCAAGAUUGGUGGGGAUUCUGGCUUGUCAUCCCGUGGCAAACAGUUUGCUCAAACCCUGAAAAAAUUUAUCAAGGAGCAGGAGAUUGUGGAUUUGAAGGUGUGGACAAGCCAGCUGAAGAGAACUAUCCAGACAGCUGAGUCCUUGGGGGUCCCCUAUGAACAGUGGAAGAUUUUGAAUGAGAUUGAUGCUGGGGUAUGUGAAGAAAUGACUUAUGAAGAAAUUGAAAAUAAGUACCCUGAUGAGUUUGCUCUGAGAGAUCAAGAGAAAUAUCUUUAUCGCUAUCCCGGAGGAGAGUCUUAUCAAGACUUGGUACAGCGCCUAGAGCCUGUGAUCAUGGAGCUAGAACGCCAAGGCAGUGUCUUAGUUAUCGCUCACCAGGCUGUUAUGAGGUGCCUGUUGGCUUACUUCCUUGACAAGAACGCAGAUGAGCUGCCGUACCUGAGAUGCCCGCUUCAUACUGUAUUCAAACUCACGCCGGUUGCAUAUGGUUGCAAAGUAGAAAUGAUCAACCUGAAUGUCGAAGCAGUCAACACCCACCGAGACAAACCUUCUGUGAGUACAACCAACCCUUCAAAGAACCAAACCCCCUUAAGGAUGAGAAGAAACAGCUUUACACCUCUGGCCAGUGCGGACACAAUAAAGCGCCCACGAAAUUACAGUGUUGGGAGCAGGCCCCUCAGCCCGCUGGAGUCUCUCGUAUUCCCAGAGGCUCAGGAUGGGAGUCGCCAUCGGAAGCUACAAGUUAGUGUUCAAGUGGUAACUCAUCUCUGUUAUCCCUUCACACAGUCGCGCACACAACUAAUGAUCAAACAGUCACUGAUCAUUUCCAGUGAUUCCAUUUGAAGUGCAAAAGUAGCCACUUAGCAUGUGUACCUUCCAUCACCAUCCAAUCUUGAGAAUAACUUAAGAUGACAAACCUAUUAACACCAUCUUGGAGUGGAACUGUCAUCCAGAAGCAUUACAGUUGCAUGCUGCCGGCAGGGUGACUCUCCUUGCAUAAUGCUGAUUUUUUCCGGUUGGUUAAUUUAAACUAGGGCACUCCUCAGCAGGAUGGGUAGAUUGGUAAGAGUAGUGGCCUGUUUACAAGUCCAAAUGCUGUAAGGCAUACGCAGCUAAAUGGUCCUCUCAUCCCAGUGCGAUUUGAUUAGCAGCAUCUUUGCAGGCUCGAUCGUGAUGAGGAGUAGCCAUGCCUCUUCACUCUGCUGCUCCUGCCCUUUUUGUUCUGCAGGCUCUUGGUUCGAGCUGUGAUCAGAGGGUGGUUCGAGCCACUUGAUCAUUCUGUCCUCCUUUUACCAUCUCUGUACACGAAAGCCAAAAUUUGCAAAAGCAGCCAUAGAUUUUUGGGUGCCUCGAUGUCUAGUUGUCCAACUUCUAAAGUGUCUCAUGUUCAAACCCUACCAUUUUAUUUCCUACUUGCUUUGUUAAAAUGUAGGCCUGACUCACUCCUUGCUGUGUGCGUGUGGAGCCCCAUUUGCUUUUUUAUUUCUCUUUGUCCCCAGUUCCUUGAGGAACAAGCUGGGGGAGAGAGAUGAUGAUUCUUAGUCCAGUUUCCCAGUGACACAAAGAAAUCCAGUGCAGAAUUGGCUAUAACUGCUUCACUUGUUGGGAGCCCCAGGGGAGAGACCAAGCAUGGAAGAGGCUGAGAGUCGAACUGUCCUCUGACCUGUAAAGUCAAGCUUAAGACAGAUUGGUGAGCCAGUGUGAGGGUCUUUUCAGAACCAGGCUCUUGCUGCAGCUGCACCUAUGUUGCAUUUUGCUCCUCUCUCCAAGGCCUGCCAUCUUUAGUGAAGCAAUUAUUUCCAGUGUGCUGCUGGACUGAUCUCUGGCACUGAUUGCUGCAGUUCUCUUGGGAACGACACUGGCUUAAGUAGGAAGGUGAGAGAGGGAGAAAGUGAAGUCUGAUUCCUCCCCAUUAUUUGCUGCUUGUUUAUCUGAUGCAAGACACAGGGCUCCGAUCAGUGACAGGAUUCCACCUUUUCCUAGGACAGCAGGGCAAGUCACAAUUACAAUUCUCAGUUGCUUAAGUAUUUAAUAGACCUGCCUGGGAUCACCUUUUUUCCCCCUGCUAGCAUAUGAGCUAGUCAAAAAAACAAAACAAAAGAAUGUGGUUUUUUUUCAAUGUUAAAGACAGGUUUUUUUCAAUAAAAACCUCUUUAAACAUUCCCUCCGUCUUGUUUCCAGUGGUGGCUUUAUAACCCGGUGCUGCUGUAGUACACAAGAGCCAACAAAUACUUUUGGGAGUAGCCAAAAAUGAAAUAUAACCUAUUUUUGUUGUUCAAGUAGCAUCCCCUGUGUUUGCACUUCAGCUGGCUUAACGACUGGAGCGUGACAGCUUUAAAAGCUUUGGUCCUGAUUCGCCAGCGCAUUGCAGUUUUCAGGCUGGCCUUGCUCUGUUACCUGCCAAGCAACAAAAUGAAGUAAUUUCUGAUGAACCCAAAGUCCAACGUGGGUUCAGUAAUUCUAAGGUGCUUGCAGUAAAACACAUCCCCAACUCUUUGGAAGUGACAGCUAAUAUUGGACAUCCAACUUAAGACCCUUCAGACCAUGCCCUUUUGAAUACCAGGCUCCUUUUGAAAGUCAGCCCCUUUAUGGUGCCUAAGUAGGGUGGCCCAUAAAUGGAGAUGCUCAGGAUCACUCCUCACUUGUGUGAGUUUGGGUUCCAUCCUAAUGCAAUCGUUUAAAACCUAAAAUAGUCUUUUUUUUUUUUAAACUUAGCUUUGUAAAAAUCACUUCUUUUUGCUCCGCCAUUAAUAAGAACACUGCCUAUUAUGAGGGAUGAUGCUGAAUUGGACACAGCCAUAUAAAUGAACGUGCAGCCAGUAAGCUGAAUGACUAGCUCAGCUUUAUUGAUGCUUCAGGGUGCAGUUUGCCUGGCUUGUAUCAUAUCACCGGUUCUCAUAACAAGUCUGCGAUGGUCCCUUCCCAACAUGAGAUUCUGGGGGUUGUUUUAGCUCUCGUCUUGUUUGCUGCAAUGCUUUUUGUUUGGGGUUUUUUUUUCAGUCUUUAUUACAACGCGGUGUAUGCUAUCUUGUGCUAUUUCUUUUUCCUUUGCAGCCUCAAGUGGGAAAUGCUUGCGUGUGAGUACCACCGAAAAGAGCUUGUAUGCAUUGUCUCUCUGGGUUUGUUUAGUAAGUAGGAAUUAUCUUGAAUCUAGCUGCAUGGAAAUUGCUUUGGAAGUAAAAUCAAUGCAUGGGGCAGAAGGGGAUCGUUUUGCCUUUUGUCCAGCAAAUUAAAGCGAGGCCAUUUUGGGGGAGGCAUACGUGUGUUGCAUGAUGCCAAUCAUCUCUCUGCAGAGACAAGCGUGAGAGUCCAAAGAGGAUUGACUAGUGCAUACACAGUGUGUAGGCCAUCUAUGGGAUGAUGCCUUUUACCCCAGAUCAGCAAGAUCAUCGGGCCCAAAAGAACAAUGUAGCUUGCACCAAAUCCACCCUUGGGGUCACCCCACAGAGGUCAUUCGGUGGGAUUACACCAGAGGAGGAUUUGAGCCUGGGUGCCGGUCUGCAGCAUGAAAUGCUGACAGCAGUAGUUAGCUGUGGAUCGGAGCACCAAGUUUCCCUCCUGACACGAAUGGAGGAUCAUGCACAGAGGUGACAUCAGGACACAGCCCCUAAUGCGCAUCACUCCAGAGCGACCUAUAUUAAGAUAUUAAUUACCUGCUUGAGGAAAUCCUGCAGUCCUUGAGCAGCUUUGUUCAGGAAAUAGCCAACUUCUAAUCCCAGCAUGGACAUUGGCUUGCUCUGAGGUGUGGGGCAAAGCAUUUGCUGUCUUCCCCGAUCUCUUCUAUGUUCACUGUGGUGGGGAACGCUGGCCUGCCACUCGGGUGUAGUGAGGAUGAUUUAAUCGUGGCUUACUUUUGGGUGGUGUGGAACACCCUGAGCUCCCAGUGACUUCAGCUGAGAGUUGAGUAAAUUGAGCACGAGGCCUGAGAUCCUUCAAACCUAACAGAUUUUGCAUCUGUGCUUCAGUGGUAUGUGUGUGCGGGUUUGUAAUGACACUUGUCUCUAUUGUAGCCCAUGACCCCGCUGGAGGGAUGCAUUGGAUGGGGCUGGAGGAUACCGUAGCAUCUAUUUGCUUGUUUGUUCUCACACCCUCAUUAGAGAGGACAGAUAAAUAGUGUGUUAUCCCUUCUCUCCAGGGAGCAAGCAGACAAGAGCGCCUGUGAGCCCUUGAUAUCUAUCUCAGCCAUCGAGUAAGGCAGUCCAGAGAGAGAGGCCUUUCCUGUCACUUGUACAGAAUGGCCAGGAAAUUGUCUUCAUUCCACUUUGCACCUGUGCUGCUCUGCUAUGACCCUGCUGGUUAUGAAACUCGUUUCUAGCCCUGCUUUAAUCACCUCCGUGACUGUCGCUGGCAAAUCUUAAUGCAAAUAGUUGAAUGCAAUCUUAAUGCAAAUAGUACAUGUGUAACUGCCUUUUUGACUUCGAUGUUGCAGCUUUGAUGUUGCAGUUUAUAUAUCUUAUUGGUGAACCUGACUGUACAACAUAGCAAUUGGUUAUACUCAGUUCUCUGGUGGCUGCUGGUAGGUGUCCUUGGUUUUCUUUGUGUGUUUAUGCAGUUCUUGCAACACUUUUGCUCUUG